GGCAAACGUGACGGUCACCGACCUGGAGGAGCUGCAGGAGCUGUUGGUGGUUAAUAUAGAGAACAACAAACACCUGCUGGCAGGGGCAGUCCGAGCCGAGGUACUGAAAUGGGGUGAAGAUGUAACAGAAUUUCAGCCUCCGCCCGACUAUAUACUAAUGGCUGACUGCAUUUACUACGAGGAGUCCUUAGAACCGUUACUGAAGACGCUGAAGGACCUUACCGGCCCUGACACGUGUGUCUUGUGCUGUUACGAGCAGAGGACUAUGGGAAAGAAUCCUGAAAUUGAGAGAAAAUACUUUGAG